UCGGUAUUAAUGUAGUAGAUGAGGAACGUUACGAAUUCGUUGUGAUUGAGGCCAGACACAUUGAACACAAGUGUUUGAAAAUGCCCAUAAACGAGCGAGAUAGUGUCGUAUUUCCGAUGGUUCACGAGAUUUGAAUUUCCGACGCGUAAUUAAGCAAGCAGUUCACCUAUGCGAGCCUACCCUGCGCGCGCAGGCUCUUAUACGUACGCACCACUUUGUAACGCUCUUACAAGCCGAGCUUCAACAAGUCUCACACGUGCGUGUACGGAUCUCACCACGCGGUUUGCAAGUGAAUUCAUUUACUGACAAUGACUCUGACUGGGCCAUACGCUGUCGUUACGUUUCUCGACGAAGAUGAUUUUAGUGAUGGGGACGAUGAUAUAACGUCCAAAGUUCCAAGUACAUGGCUCACUGCUACCAAAACUGAGUGUUGGUGGCCGAAAACGGCAGACGUAAAAUCAUACAUAACAAAACGAAAGCCCCCUGUAAAAGACAGUAGAAAGUGGAUACUCUGCCAUGUUAAAUUUGAAGGCUAUUACGAAAAUUUGGAGAAAGCUCGGUCUGCGGCUUCAACUAAAAAAUCUGAAAGUGAGAGUAGCUCAAGUCAAAGUCAAGGUGAUAAACCAUAUCUUAGAAAAAGGAAACAGCCGCUUCCUCGCGUAAGGGAAGAAUCUACCGAUAGGGAAGAUUCGCCUGACAGUGAACAUCCCACAACAACCUCGAUGCCAGAGCCACCGAAACUUGAUAAAAAGAAGAAUAUGAAACCUUCCGUUACAAAUCGAUCCACUGAUAUACCUGAUCAGACAGAUAUUCAAAAAAAAAAAUCAUCCCCUGAUAUACCUAAUCAGACAGAUAUCCCAAAGUCAUCAAAACGAAGCCAAACAAAGAAUAGUAAUCCACUAUCAGACUCUCAGACAAUAAUAGACAUUGAGCAUUUACCCAUUGAUUUUAACUCGACUAAUACGAAUACUAUUAGUAUCCCCCCGGCACGAGCGAAACAUAUCGUAGGGAAAGAUACCAACCUAUCGUCAACACCUCAUGCAUUUGAGUCUUGGCCCAUCGAUAUUGUAGUAGAUGAUUUUGACAUAAAUGCGGAUAAUGGAGCUGCAGACUUUCCAAGCAGUACAAAAAGACGCGGUGAUCCUUCCCUAAAUGCUAGUGCUUUACACCCUUCUGCUCAUCAGGGUCUAGAAGGGCACUCAAUAUUAUUUGACGGUAGUCUCCCUGACUUAUGUAAUAAUUCUCAGGAAAAGACAAGAAUACUCAUAGAGGAAAAAUUCUCGGCAUUAACCACACUAUUGGCUGAGAUAUUGGUCACUCAACAAUUAGUGGAUCGACGUUUAGCUGAGAUUGAAAAGAAAGUGGGUCAACAUGGAACUGUAGGUCACGGAAAAGAUUUUAAAAAGGUUACAGACGAUCUUCCAUUCAAAAACACUGCUGAUAUACAAGCGUUUGAAAACAAAUUGGCUGAUGCAGAUUUUUGCAGUACUUUUGUAAAGUAUGUUGGACAAAUUGGCGGGAACAGUGCCAAAGAAAAUACUUUGAGAAUAUUGCGACAAGUAUUCACCAACGACUUCGCUAAAGACGCUUCAUGGUGCGGUCUGAGGGCCAAUUUUCAACUUUCAAAUUUGAAAGUCACAGCAGCCAUCAAAGAUGGAGUGAGACUGUCAUACACCUGUACAGAUAAAGAAUUUGAAGAUACGGUGUCAGAAUGGUUCCGCCAAGCUAAACAGCGGUUCAAGAGAGAGAAUACAAAAAAGAACGGACCUCAACCACAUCCUGCAGCUAAUAAUUAGUACAGAUGAUGACGCGCUAAACCAUGACAGUUUCCAUAAGAUGCCCCAAACAGAUUUAUGGGGUACAUAAGAAGGAGAUGCAGGUCUCAUUUCCCCAUUAUCUUGCCUAGUCUUCGUACCUUUCUAAAUAUCUAACGUUUACUUUGGUAGUCUAUACCAAACAAUUAAAGACCUGGAAAGUACAAAGUACAAAGAUUUAUUUUAUAGUUUAUUCGUGUUCAACGUUGAGAAAAUUUUUUACUUAGAUUAUUAAGAUUAAAAAAGACAAAUUUGAUUGAUGAAAUAUUAUAUAAAAUGAGCUACGUGCUCAUAUUGUUAUAGAUACACGUACAGUGUAGUCACAAUAGAAAUAUUAUACGUAGUAUUUGGACAUUUUUUUUCACUAUUUAAACUUCUUCUAUUUCUUUCACUCUAUUCAAUAUCGACGAUUACGUUAAUUGUGAGAGUUUUUCUGGCCUUAUCAAAACAAACACAUCGUCCAGUUACGAGAUUGUGAUAAUUUAACCAAUAGAAUAACAGAGGAAAGCACUGAAGUGUUCGUGCCUUGAAAUAGUUUCAAUACUAUGCCCAUCAAUGAAGUAUAAUAAAUUAGUAGAUGA